GGUUGGGUUGGAGCGAGCGCGAGCGUGCGUGCCGGAGGGGAAGGGAGAUGUCGAGCAGGCUGUGGAGGUGGUACGCGGACCGGCAGUUCCACAAGUGGGAGAAGACGGUGCUGUGGGACAUGGUGGAGCCCUACCGCCCGCCGCGCUCCUUCGCGCCGCUCGUCGGCACCUACGUCGCCGCCUUCUACACCGCCGUCGUCGCCGCCGCCCUCACCGAGCAGCUCUACAAGGAGAAGUACUGGGAGGAUCACCCGGGCGAGGCCGUGCCCAUCAUGCAGCCAAAGUUCUACUGGGGGCCAUGGAGGGUGGUCAACGGAGAGGUUCCCCGCUUCAUCCAGCCACCUGAUGAAGCUAAGACGGCAUAGAAAUCCUCCGAUUAUUUUGUUCUCAUUCCAAGUGGGAUGAGAUGCCGUUGUCCUCCUUUUUUCUUGAUCACAGUGCUGCCAAAGUUUACUUGAUGUCUAUUGUCUGUACCUAUGUGGCAACACUUCACAUCUCCUGUAAUAUACAUAGUGGUGAUUGGGCAAGUGCCAGGAAUCAUGAUGGCCUUUCUAUGCA